AUGGCUCCUUCGUUCGAAGAGCCAACCGUUGCCCUUGGCGCGGCAUCGAAAGCGGCGCCGAAACUCGUCGCUCCCGAGCCCGAGCACUGCCCGGGUCCAGAAUCGGAACAAGCUGGCAAAGGCGAUGCGUGCGCCGGCUGCCCAAACCAAUCGAUUUGUGCCUCAGCUCCAAAAGGCCCCGAUCCAGACAUACCCAUCAUAACCGCUCGUCUUUCCUCGAUACGGCACAAGAUUCUUGUGCUUUCCGGUAAAGGUGGAGUUGGAAAGUCUACUUUCACGUCCCUCCUUGCCAACGCCUUUGCAUCCAAUCCAGACUCCACCGUCGGUGUGAUGGACACGGAUAUCUGUGGACCUUCGAUACCGAAAAUGAUGGAUGUCGAGACGGAGACCAUUCAUGUGAGCAAUGCUGGAUGGAACCCCGUUUGGGUGUCAGAUAACCUUGCGGUGAUGAGUGUCCAAUUUAUGCUGCCAAACCGGGACGACGCUGUGAUUUGGCGGGGACCGAAGAAAAACGGAUUGAUCAAACAGUUUCUGAAGGAUGUUGAGUGGGGGGAGUUGGAUUAUUUAAUAGUCGAUACUCCUCCAGGCACCUCGGAUGAACAUCUCUCAGUCAACUCAUUCCUCAAAGAGUCCGGGGUCGAUGGUGCUGUCCUGGUCACUACUCCACAAGAAAUCUCCCUUCUCGAUGUCCGGAAGGAGAUCGAUUUCUGCCGGAAAGCUGGUAUAAGGAUAUUAGGAUUGGUGGAAAAUAUGUCUGGGUUUGUCUGUCCAAAGUGCACUCAUGAAUCGCAAAUCUUCAAGCCCACGACGGGUGGUGGUGGCAGACUCGCAGCCGACAUGGGAAUCCCUUUCCUAGGUUCUGUCCCUUUAGACCCUCGGGUUGGUAUGGCGUGUGAUUAUGGAGAAAAUUUUAUGGACCGGUAUCCUGAAAGCCCCGCAUCUACGGCCUUAAGAAAGGUCGUGAGAACAAUAAGUCGACAAGUGGGUGAGGAUCCCGAGGAAGUACUCCCUGAAACAGAUGCCGUGUAA